CGCUCGUUCGGGCUUUGGGCCGCAGGCCGGCGCGCAGCGCCACGCCGCCAGGCGUCCGCCGGAGGCCCGCCGGAGGCUCUUCCUGCGGCCACAUUCUGGCGCUCGAGCCGGCGCACAGCGGACGGGCGCGGGAGCGCUCGCCGGCGAGCACCUCCUACCUCUCCUCGCCCGGCUGCUCCCUUGCCCCGUCGCCCGCCGCGCCCUCGCCCGGCCUCAAGAGCUUGGCGGCCUUUGCCCGCCAGCUCAAGGCGUGGGACGAGGCGUGCGCCGACGGCCGCUCGUCGUGCUGGUUCGAGACGGAGGGCGACCUCCCGCGGCUGGCCGGGGAGGCGCUGCUGGCCGAGGCGGCCGCGACGGGCGCGAGGCGGAUCGCCUUUGACGCCGUCGCGGCGCGUCUCGAGGCGACCGCGGCGCCGCCGCCGCCUCUCGGCACCGCCUUGGCCGCGUGGCCCACGGGAUGGGGCAUCGAGGAGGGCAACUUCUGCGGGCUGGCGCACUGGGCUGUGGAGGUGUGGCACGCGGCCGGGUCGGUCGACGCGAGCCGGUGGCAGGUCGAGGCUGACGGAGGGCGCCUCUUCUUUGUGCGGGUCGCGGAAAAGGCCGCAUAAUCGCGCUCUCCGCCGAGGCCCGCCUCGGCGACGGCGCUCGCCGCGCAGCAGCAGCAGUAGCAGCAGCAGCAGCAGCACGUGAUUCUUGACACAUGAUUACACUACACAGUCCUCCCUUCGGUUGUCGUUUCGACCCUGUUUUUUUCUUCUAUCGCAGCGCACUCGCAUC